AUGUCACAGGCAAAAAGCCCAAUGUCUUGCGCGCCUGCCAGCUCUCAGUCACUUCUGGACACGUUGCUCCAGAAUUUCUACGAUUUUGGAGAUGAGGAAGGUGAAACAAAACAAAGAAGGAUCAAAAAGAAAGGGGAAGGCAAGAAGAGAGGUUUGAGAAGCACAGCAGUCUUGGCAGAGGAACCGGCACCUCUACCCAGUUCUCUUGUAAGAGGCCAAAGGAAAACUGCUUCCAGCUUCUUCAAGGAACUCAGAGAAGAGCUGCAUUGUGCUGCUGUAACCUCCACAGGUUUCCCUUCAGAACCAGAAGUCAUUGCUGCAACAUCUCCUUCUUCCCUGAAGAACAACAGGGAGCUAGUAGAAGUGGUAGAAUUUCACAGCAGACGUAAAAAAAGAAAACUGAAGCCUGGCCAAGAAGAGAACACAAAGGCCCAAACUAGCACUCUGGAGAAAGAUGUGGAUAUACAAGAAUUUAAUUUAGAAAAGGCUCGUUUGGAAGUGCACCGAUUUGGAAUCACGGGUUAUGGAAAAGGCAAGGAAAGGGUACUGGAACAGGAACGUGCCAUUAUGCUGGGUGCUAAGCCACCCAAAAAUACUUACGUUAAUUACAAGGUUUUGCUGGAGCAAAUCAAAGAAAAAAAGGCAGCAAAGGAAGAAGAAAAGAGAAUGGUCCAAGACACAGAUAUUUUUAAGAAAAAGAAGAGGAGAGGGCAGGAAGACAGGAAAUCCCAGAAGAAAAAAUUAGCACCCAGUAUUCUGUCAAGUGGACGGGUUGGACAGGUUGGAAAAUUCAAAAAUGGCACAUUGAUUCUGAGUCCAAUCGAUAUCAAGAAAGUAAAUUCUUCCAGAGUGGCUAAGUGA